UAAUCACAAGUUCAAUGGGCUGUUCUGCGUGUCUACAUGCACAAGCCUGCACCCGCCCCACUGCAUUAUGUCACACAGACGUCCACAGCUGGCUAUUUAUUCUCCAGCAGAUACAGCACUCUCAGAGCAUCAGCUGGAGGCCAGUCCUAGUUCCAGAGACACAGAAGCCAAGAGCAGCAGCAGACGUCGCUGUGUAUCCCUGCACUUCUCACAUAUUGUGUUACCAGUUUCAAUUGGCUUAGCACAUUGAUAAAACAUCUUCUGCUUCAAUGUUGAGAAUGGAAGACUCAGUCAAUGGGACACUGACGAAUCAAGGAAUCGGUUCGAAUCAGGACCCACCAAGCCAAAUGAGCAGCGAGAAGGAUAACCAUGAGUAUCUGUACAUCCUUAUCGUCAUGUCUUUCUAUGGAAUAUUUCUGAUGGGCAUCAUGCUGGUGUACAUGAGAUCCAAAAGGAGGGAGAAGGAAUCCAAGCUACUUCUCCUUUACCAGGAUGAGGAGAAGCAGUGGAUGGAGACCAGAAAGACCGCUUCUACCUUGUCUGUGUCUAAGCCUUCCCAGCAGAGCACUAUGCUGAGUAUCCUGCAGGACAGCUUCGUGCCAGGCCGCUUGUGCAAUGACUAUAACAUAGUAGACAGUAGCAUCAGCUCCGAAUCUUCCUCUUCCGAUGUUCACUUUACCAUCCAAGAAGAAAUCACAGAGGGACCUGUUCAGGACAAGUUAGAGGAUGAUAAAUCCGAUGCUGCAACACAGAUUUCCUAGCGAUGAACUAAAAAGACUUUGUAUAUUUCAGGAAUCUAUAGGAUCUCUGUUUAAGGCAAAAUAGUCUUGUGUUUUGGGGUUCUGUUGCCCAAAGUGAGCCUUUUAUAGAAAGGAAGUACAAAUUGUAUAACACGGAGUAUGUGUAGAUGGAAUGUUACAUGCAGAGGGGUAAUACUGUCUUCUUUUCAGUUGCAGUGAUCUAAAAGGUAUCAUAGGCUUUACCAUUGAACUGGGCCCUAGACGCAAACAAAGAGCUGGUCCUGUCCUGUUGAUAGGCCACAGCAUAGUGUGAUAUUCAGUGUGAAUGAUAACGCUCUACACCAGAGACAGGAUACACGGUCAUCUUGUCCUUCAGUGUAGGUCUACUGUUUAGAGGAAAGGGCAGGGCUUGGACAUCCGCCACCUUUAUAAAAAAUAGAUCAAUAAUGUCCAACACAAGGACUCCAUCUGCUGGUUGGAGUAUCUGUACAGUAGCUGCUGCAGGGCCAAUAUUGGAUAUCCACUAUUCAGAUAUCCUGAGGCUCUCCAGUAUAUAUAAUAAUGAAAAUAAAGAGGAGAUAGUUGUAUAUAUUCUGAAAAGUUAGUUUUGCUUAGUGUGUAUGGUUAGUUACCUAAAGUAAAUACAUUUGUAAAUAUGUCUCAUGAUACAAAACAAAUUCUAAUGAAUAAAAGUUCUUGACAAACUGUGGUAAGGUUUCCGUCCCAAUAGUAUUACUCCAGGGUAUGUGUCUUAGUAUGUAACCCUUACCUUAAGAAGAAUACUUGUAGCUUAUUAUAAAGUUUUAAUGCAUUGAAUCACGGUUCCUUCAGAGAUGGCUAAAUAUCUCCCAGGAUAUAGGGGCAUAUUAAACAAUGCGUGAUAUUUUUGUUAUCACUCAUUACUAAUCCAACCGAUCAGCUCUUAACUGUCAUUUUUCAAACACAUGACAGUCAGGAGCUGAUUGGGUGGAGCACCAGUUAAGAUUAGUAAUUAGUGCUAACAAGAAUAUAAUUUGUUAUUAAAUAUGACCCAUAGUCUUUCCAUGGCUGGGGAAGACAGGGCACGCUAUUUCAUAUUGGGUGGGCUUGUCCUAAAGCUGUGAUGGCUAACAUUGACACUCCAGCUGUGUUUGAAGAACUACACAUCCCAGCAUGCCCUGCAUCAGUUUUGCUAUUUGGCCAUGCUAAAACUGAUGCAGGGCAUGCUGGGAUGUGUAGUUCAACAACAGCUGAAGUGUCAAGGUUAGCCAUCACUGUCCUAAAGCCAUACAAUUCUGCAUCUAAUUUUCAUUAUGGUUUACUCUGUCUUUCAUCUCCCAUGUGCUCCUUUGUCGGCCGUUCUCGCCACAACGAUGGAAAUGGCACAAAAACAAACCAAUCUCUUACAUUUCUGAAGCCAUGAUUGUUCUGGUGACAUCUUGGGAAAGGUGCUAGACUAGACAUUGGUACAGAUAAUGACAAAAUCAGUAUGAGUCUGAUCAAAAAAAAAUUGGUGGAUUUUUAACAAAACAGGUCAAUGGAUCUGUUUCACGUUCUCCUCCACACUCAGCACAGCUCUUCUCACGUUCUGAUGUACAGUACCUGCUAUACAGGGGCUUUAAUAAUUUGGUCCCUUUACUCUUUUACUCUCUUUUCUAUUCAUUAUGUUUCUCUGUUCCUAUCUGUUGGUUAUAAUUCACCAUGCUUGAAAAUAAAUGCUUAUUACCGUACAAUCAAUCACUUAAAUAAAAUAUAACCACUGUACUUAUAUACUUGAAGCAUAGUAUGUACAUCCUGAUCACAUUGGGACAAUCAUGUUGCUCCCCAUCACCCCCAUCAUUGUUGUGUCCCCCCCCCCCCAAUUUUUAAGCUUCCUAUUAGUUUAAAUCUACUGCAGGACUAAUGAAACCUAUGUUACUGAUACUGAGCUCAGUUAUCACCAUUGAGUCAGGUGAACAUUGUUGUCUAAUAGACUUAACUGCUAAUCUCUGCCCGCCUAUAUAUACAGAUACACGAUAGGUAUGGCGAGCCAGUGUAUGAUCCAGAGAACCUCUUGGAGGUUUAGUGAUGGACAAGGCAACUCUCAGUGUUCAGGUUUGCUCUGUUCUUCUGCAUUUCCAUUAUAGAAAGGAUUCUGUUUAUGACAUUCAUUUAAGUGCAUAUAAUACAAAUUUGUAUAUUUAUAAAACCAGUGUUGUAACUAACAGCAACCAGAUAUUUAUCGCUUCUGUGUGCUGGGAACCUUAGGAUGUUAUUGUUAUAUGACUACAGGCAUAAUUUAAUUAUGUUUAGUAUUUUGCUCUGAACUCAUCAUCUUAGGUAUUUAAUUUUGCUAUUUAUAUUAAAAUAACAGUUUGUGAAAACAGUUUCCUCUCCCGUUCCUACCUUUAACCUGUUUUUAGCUAUACAUUUUAUAUUCAACGUGUUACUGUUUUUUUUAAAAAUGUUGGUGCUAUAUAAAUAAAAC